AUGGACUUCGAUCUACAUUUUUUGGAAAUCGAUUUGCUCAACAACUUUGAAGAGCUCAUAGCAUCCAUAGCUGUGGAUGACAAUGAGCACCGAGCAGUGCUCGGUUGUUAUUACGCCGAGCUUGUUUUCGAACAGUUCAAGCUUUCAGACCGGAUCCAAGAUCUUGAAGAAGCUGUCGAAAAAGCAAAAUGGGCAGAGCUCCAAGCAAAAAAUCUAGAGCAUAGCGUCUAUGCUCGCAUACUAGGCGUCCUCGGAAAUAUACUCGAAAGGCGAUUUCAAUGCAUGGGACAGAUAGAGGACCUCGAAGAGGCGAUCCAAGUAUUGAGGCACGCUGUUGAGAUCAGCUCUGACAAUCAUCUCUGUCUUUCAUACUUCUUGCACAGCCUGGGAAACAAGCUUGGAGCUCGAUAUAAUCAUACUGAAAAGAUAGAAGACCUCGAAGAGGUAGUCCAAGUGUCUCGCCAGAUGGUUAAAGCAACCCCUAACGCCCAUCCUAGUCUUCCCGGCGGGUUAAGUUACUUAGGUCAUGGCCUUAGACUCCGAUAUGAACGCAUAGGAAUGAUGGACGAUCUCGAGGAGGCAGUCCAAGUGUCUCGCCAGGCGGUCAAUCUAACGCCCGAUAAUCAUGCCGAUCUUCCUUCCCGGCUACAUACUCUGGGACAAGCGCUUGUAAUGCGUUGUGAUAGCAUAGGAAAGAUGGAAAAUCUUGAGGAGGCAAUUCGCAUGCUUCGCCAGGCGCUUGAUAUGACAGCCAUAGACCAUCCAGAACGUGUGAACCGACUGAAUGGCCUAGCAAUUGGGCUCACAAAGCGACAUCAUCGCACAGGAAAUAUGGAGGACCUCAAAGAAGCAGUCCAGAUGUCUCUUGAGACGGUGGUUCAAAUGCCUAACGAUCAUCGGAAUAUGACACUUCUGUUAGCCAGCUUGGGAACCCAUCUCAGCAAACUAUAUCGAUGCAUAGGCCUAGUAGAGGUCCUCGAAAUGGGGAUCGAGGUAUCCCGCCGGGCAGUCGAGAUUGCCACUGAUGAUGAUUGCUACCUUCCACUCAUUUUACGUAGCCUGGGAAACCGGCUCGGAGACCAAUACAAACACACUCAAAAGAUAGAGGACCUUGAGGAAGCAGUUAAGGUAUCUCGCCAAGGGUUAAAAGCAACCCCUAACGCCCAUCCUAAUCUUCCUGGCGGGUUAAGCGACUUGGGGAAUCACCUCAGAACUCGAUAUGAACGCAUAGGAAUGAUGGACGACUUCGAAGAGGCAAUCCAAGUUUCUCGCCAUGCGGUCAAUCUCAUGCCCAACAAUCAUCCCGAUCUUGCAAGCUAUUUGCAAAACCUAAGUGAAAAUCUCAACCGCCGAUAUAAAGACACAGGGGAGAUACAGGAUCUUGAAGAGGCGAUCCGAGUGUCACUCCAGGCGGUUACAGUCACGGCAGCACCACCUCUGGUACGAAUCCUGGGUUUUGUCCAGGCCAUAGAGCUACUUCAGAGUCAAGGAAAUUAUGGAAACGCCUAUACUCUGUCUGAAGAGGCUAUUGAUCUCCUGCCUCUCGUACAUAACAGGUCGUUGAGCAUACAAGAUCAACAGUAUGUCGUCUCAUUUUUCUUUGGCAUGGCCGCAGACGCCUGCUCUCUUGCUCUUCAAGUUGGACAAGCCCCUAUCAAAGCUCUGGAACUAUUAGAGCGAGGACGUGGUGUCAUUCUCAGUCUCCUUAUGGACGAUCGGAGUGAUACGUCUGAACUCAGGGCGGUCAAUCCGACUUUGUGUGAACAAUACGAAAACCUUCGCCUCGAAAUCCACAGGCCUUUUGAGACUGCUAUAUCCUCGGAUACACCUAAGUUCAUGUCUGAAAGACGGCAAAAAGCGAUAAAUGAUCUUGAAGAAUGUUUACGGGCCAUUCGGCAACUUCAAGGAUUCAGCUCUUUUCAAAAGGGACCCACAGCAGAACAAAUGAAAAAAGCCUCGGAUAAGGGCAAUAUCAUAAUUGUUAAUGUCACUGUUCUAAGAAGCGAUGCUAUUAUCAUUUCUUCUAGUGGAAUUAAAUCAGUUCAUCUUCCUCACCUCGAUACACUCCAGGCGCAGGAAUGGGUCAAUCAGGACUUAACUUCAGUUUCACAAAGCAAUCGUGGUCCGAAGAACAAGGCCUAUCGCCAAUUUCUAUCCUGGCUCUGGCGUGGUUGUGUGAAGACUAUUCUCACCGAGCUUAAUUACCCAUUUCAGCACGCAGCAGAAAAUCUUUCAAGAGUCUGGUGGGUUGGGACUGGGCUUGCUAGCACCUUCCCAUUUCACGCUGCGUGUGAUCUUUCUGCGGAUCCGAUUGAAAGUGUAUCUAGCUACAUUUUGUCUUCCUAUAUCCCUUCAGUCAAGGCUCUUAUACAUGCCAGGGAGCGUGUCUUGACCACUGUCCCACCAAGUGGAAAACCUCAAAAGAUGCUCAUAGUUACUAUGGCCGAGACCCCUGGCGCUGGCAACUUAUCCGGAGUGAAGGCCGAAGCAUCUGCGGUUGUGGGGGUACUAGGGAGUUCCGUUGAUGUGGAGAUCCUCGAUCAACCGGACACCAAAAGCGUUUUGCGUCAUAUUCACCAAUGUGAUAUUGCCCACUUCGCCUGCCACGGAGUAUCGGAUUCGAACGAUCCCUCUAAAAGUGGGCUUUUACUGCAGACAGCCACUGAAAAGCCAAGUCAAGAUGUUCUUAGCGUUUCUAAAAUCUGCGAGAAUCACCUUGCUCAGGGGCAAAUUGCAUAUCUCUCUGCCUGUUCGACUGCAGAGAAUCGGGCCGAGCAUUUGAUGGACGAAGUGCUCCACGUUGAUGUCUAUGGCCUUCCUACGACAAUAUCUGUGUUGACGUUGCGAAAUCGUUCUAUUCCGAACUUUGCCGAAACGGUACUCUGA